GCACACUGAGAUUGGGGAGGGGGCAACAUUUACCCUGAAGGGUACAGCUGGGCAGCAACAACAAGACUCAGAAAACUGUCACACGUGUACUCUCGCCUCACUUUAAGCUGACUGUACCGCUCCGACGCUGUUCAUUUGUCGAUUAAUUUGCUUCUUGACUCCUUCACGAUUGAAGGGAAGUGAAUCUCUUCGCCGCCAUUUUUUGUGGAACUGCCUAUUGAAGAGAGAAACUUUGCUAGCUACUGGCUGCUGCCUGACGUUAGCAGCUAGCCUAUCUGGCCAGUAGCUUGCCUGCCUACCAGUUCGUUGUGACAGUUAUUGCUUGACAGACAGUCGUUGCCCAGGGCAGCCUGCUUCACGUAGAUAUAAGACUCCUGUGGCCGACCAGCAUAAAUGAAAAAGAUAACGGUUAUUGCUGAAACAAGUAAGCUAGACUCGAAGUCAGCGUUAACGUCUAAAUUGGGCAGGGCACUCGUGUGGUUAGGUUAGCAUUGCUAACUUAAUAGCUAACGAGUUCACACUUUGAUUUCUCUGGACUGCAUUGCCUCGUCUGUGAUUUCAUCCUCUGACUCUGCCGUGUUAAUCAGCCAUUCACACCCCACAUGUCAACCUGUGUGGAUUCAUUUUUAACCAGCUGCCCAUGUGCUGGUUCCUCAGGCCCACCCAUUACGGCAGAUGAAUCCUCAGCUGCUUUGGUGUAGCUCAGCACCCAGAUAGUCCCAUCCCCUCUGCGUGGGAGAGAAGGGACUACAUUACCCAUGAUGCCCGCCUCCGUACGGGCAGGGAGCCUGAAGGACCCAGAUGUGGCUGAGCUUUUCUUCAAAGAAGAUCCAGAGAAGCUUUACUCUGACCUCCGAGAGAUUGGCCAUGGCAGCUUUGGCGCUGUCUACUUUGCACGGGAUAUACGCACAAAUGAAGUGGUGGCAAUUAAAAAGAUGUCCUACAAUGGCAAACAGUCUAAUGAGAAAUGGCAGGACAUUAUAAAGGAGGUGAAGUUCCUCCAGAGGAUCCGGCACCCUAACAGUAUAGAAUACAAAGGUUGUUACCUCCGAGAGCACACGGCAUGGCUGGUGAUGGAGUACUGCCUGGGCUCAGCCUCCGAUCUGCUGGAGGUUCAUAAAAAACCUUUACAAGAAGUAGAGAUCGCUGCCAUCACACACGGUGCUCUGCAGGGGCUGGCCUACCUUCAUUCCCACAAUAUGAUCCACAGGGAUGUGAAGGCAGGAAACAUUCUGCUGACUGAGCCUGGGCUGGUUAAACUGGCCGACUUUGGCUCCGCCUCCAUCGCCUCACCUGCAAACUCCUUUGUGGGAACGCCAUAUUGGAUGGCCCCGGAGGUGAUUCUAGCCAUGGAUGAAGGCCAGUAUGAUGGGAAGAUUGAUAUCUGGUCCUUAGGGAUCACCUGUAUAGAGUUAGCGGAGAGGAAGCCUCCCUUGUUUAACAUGAAUGCAAUGAGUGCCUUAUACCACAUAGCGCAGAAUGAGAGCCCCACACUGCAAUCCAGUGAAUGGACGGAUUACUUUAGAAACUUUAUCGAUUCUUGCCUUCAGAAAAUCCCCCAGGACAGACCACACUCUGACGACAUGCUGGGUCAUGCGUUUCUGCAGCGCGAGCGUCCGGACUCGGUUCUCAUGGAUCUCUCUGAGGACCAGGAUGCAGUGCGAGAGCUUGACAACCUGCGUACGCGCAAAUUAAGAAAGAUCCUCCUUCAGGAGACCCACGAACGGAACACCGCUGCAGAAGUCCAGGAGGGAGAUGAUGAGCUGGAUCCGGGGGGGGGUCGGACGGGAACAGUGAACAGUGUCGGCAGCAACCAGUCCAUCCCCAGCAUGUCCAUCAGCGCCAGCUCUCAGAGCAGCUCCGUCAACAGCCUGAACGAGGCGGCGCAGGACAGCCGCAGCGAGCUGGACCUGAUGGAGGGAGACCACACCGUCAUGUCCAACAGCUCCGUCAUACACCUCAAACCGGAAGAGGAGGAGAGUUUGUCUGUGGAUCAGGCAGUCCCCAGUGAACCCUCUGAGCCCCAGCCAGCAUCAUCUCCGGUUCCCAGGAAGUACUAUCGCAACAGAGAGCACUUCGCCACCAUACGCACAGCAUCACUCGUGACCCGUGAGAUGCAGGAACACGAGCAGGACUCGGAGCUGCGGGAGCAGAUGUCAGGAUACAAACGCAUGAGACGGCAACACCAGAAGCUCCUGAUGGGCAUGGAGAACAAACUGAAAGGGGAGAUGGAUGAGCACCGGCUGAGGCUGGACAAAGAGCUGGAGAGUCUGAGGAACAACUUCAACCAGGAGAUGGAGAAGCUGCUUAAAAAACACCAGGCGGCUCUGGACAAAGACCUGAAGACGUUUACCAACGAUGAGAAGAAGUUCCAGCAGCACAUCCAGGUGCAGCAGAAGAAAGAGCUCAGCAGCUUCCUGGAGUCACAGAAGCGAGAGUAUAAACUACGCAAGGAGCAGCUCAAAGAGGAACUGAGCGAGAACCAGUCGACUCCCAAGAAGGAGAAGCAGGAGUGGCUGUCGAAGCAGAAAGAAAACAUCCAGCACUUCCAGGCGGAGGAGGAGGCCAACCUGCUGAGGAGACAGAGGCAAUACCUGGAGCUGGAGUGUCGGCGGUUUAAACGCAGGAUCCUCAUCGCCAGACACAAUGUGGAGCAGGAUCUGGCCCGAGAGGAGCUGAACAAACGGCAGACACAGAAGGACCUGGAGCACGCCAUGCUGCUCAGACACCACGAGUCGAUGCAAGAGCUGGAGUUCAGGCACCUGGGGACGAUCCAGAGGGCGCGGGCGGACCUGAUCCGGACCCAGCACCAGACGGAGCUCACCAACCAGCUGGAGUACAACAAGAGGAGGGAGAGGGAGCUGAGGCGCAAACAUGUGAUGGAGGUCCGGCAGCAGCCCAAGAGCCUCAAGUCUAAGGAGCUUCAGAUUAAGAAGCAGUUCCAAGACACUUGUAAAACCCAGACCAGGCAGUACAAGGCCCUCAGGAACCAUCUGCUGGAGACCACGCCCAAGUCUGAUCACAAGGCGGUGCUCAAGAGGCUGAAGGAGGAGCAGACCAGGAAGCUGGCCAUCCUGGCCGAGCAGUACGACCACUCCAUCAACGAAAUGCUCUCUACGCAGGCUCUGCGGUUAGACGAGGCUCAGGAGGGGGAGUGUCAGGUUCUGAGGAUGCAGCUGCAGCAGGAGCUGGAGCUGCUCAACGCCUACCAGAGCAAGAUCAAGAUGCAAACAGACGCGCAGCAUGACAAAGAGAGGAGGGAGCUGGAGCAGAGGGUCUCUCUGCGGAGGGCUCUGCUGGAGCAGAAAAUCGAGGAGGAAAUGCUUGCAUUGCAAAACGAGCGUCUGGAGAGAAUCCGCUCGCUGCUGGAGCGCCAGGCCCGAGAGAUCGAGGCGUUUGACUCCGAGUCCAUGCGGCUGGGCUUCAGCAACAUGGUGCUCACUAACCUGGCUCCUGACUGCCCGGGGGGCUGGGGGGGGGGAGCAGGUGGCCCGGGGGCUCAGGGGGGGAGCCAAUGGCCAGGCGGAGGUGGAGCAGGAGGCAACCACAGUCAUCCCCACCAGGGGGGCUCCAGCUCCCAGCAGCCCUGGGGUCACCCCAUGCUGGCCGGGGGCCCGCCACCCUGGAGCCUCCACCACCCCGGGGGGGGGAAUCAGAGGGGGGGCGCGGGGGGGGUGAGGAACAGCCCACAGGCUAUGAGGAGGACGUCAUCAGGGGGGAGAAAUGAACAGGGCAUGAGCAGGAGCGCCAGCAUCACCUCUCAGAUUUCAAACGGAUCCCACCUGUCGUAUACCUAGAACACACACACAAACACAUCUGCACACACACACAGUUUGAUUCCUCUUCUGACACUACACACACACGCAUGCAUCACACAUGCUUCACACACACUUGCAGUUCCUCUCCCAUCCCCACUGCUGUCUGAUGUCAGCGCUCUGCUUGCAGCAGUCUGUGGAAACCCAAAAGUCUUGAGAAUAAUCCAAGAUGGCUGACAGGCAUGUCCAGUUUGCCACAGCAACAGUGUCACUUUGACUAUAGCCUGCAGGGAUGUGUUGCCAUGUUAGUCUCUGUUGCCAUAGACCCAAAGUAGUAUUUUACUUUUAUCUGCCAUGGAGUUUUUCAAUUCAGGAUUUAGUUUGCUGUAUGGUUGUUGUUCUUUUAAGUCUGAUGUUUUCAGAUGUUGCUUUAGCACAUUAUGGUGCAUUCAGUGUUCAGUUUUGAGAAUACCGUUUAAAAAAUAUGUUCCCUUAAAUCUCUCACAGCUCGAGAUGUCAUCACGUCGGUCUGAUAAGGUUUACUGAGAUGAUUGUUUAUGUGCAGUUACAGACGAAUGAGAAGGCAGGAGGCAGAGUAGGGUCUGACGUUGGACAGCUCUGGAAGGGAUAUGCAAAGAGAACAAAGGUUGUUGAAAGUGAAUACCUGAGGGUAUCUCUGACUUUAUGGUAGCAGCACAGGGACGUCCAAAGAGUCACGAAAAGCUAAAAGUAUGCAAUAUUUCAUUCCAGCCUGCGUGAUAAGCUUAUCCUCAAAUAGAGAGGAAUCUAACCGGGGAAAUCCCCAUGUGCAGUGUUUGAGUGGAAUUAGUAUUUAGGAGUGAAUGUGUAGGGCUGCAGAGAUGCCAAUGGUAAGCGUUCAGAGUCAGAUUUGUCAUUUUAAUUCCAACAUACUGUUUAAUGAGAUUGUGCCAGAGAUGUUUUGGGAGGUUCUGAAAUACUAUGCGUAAUAUUAGGCCAAGUUAGAUGCAUGCGUUGCUGGCUUAGAGGAGAGAAGGGAGCCAUUUCCUGUGCAUGCUCGGCCUCUUCAUCUCGGCUCCUGGGUUUCCACAGUCCUCUGCCCACUCCUCACUCAGGCCUGUCUGAGGGACUCUCAUGACGGGGGUGGUUUUUCAGCAGCGCCUAACCUCUAUUUCAAAAUAAUCAAUAUUAGUGUUUAAUCCUUCUUUUUCUGCAGUCAAUAUUCCGGCUCUAAACACUGCGCCCUGUGCGGGUGAUUAAAAGCGAUGCACUGCGCAGUAAAAAAACGUCUCUGACAAAUGUAACCAUGCCUGUUGGUCUACCUCAAGAACACUCGAGCAGGGCUUAACCACAGGGGGUCGUGACUUUAACAAUGACUUGCACUUUUUGCGCAGGCCUUCACCCACACUUGAUAAUCAGAUUGACACACACACACAUGCAUACAUAUAAUAGUGUUUUUUAUUCCAACAGUAUGUCCCUUUGCACACUUGUUGUUAGAUGCAUGUACGGGGUAACAUUUGAGAAAAUGCAAUGGGACAUAAAAGAUCUUUAAGGCACUUAGAAAUGGCUGUAAAUGAGCAACAAUAUCCAUCUCAGUUGCCUUAAAAUGUCUUUAAGUGUUUUUAGAAAAUAAAAAAAGAACUAGAUUUACAGAGUUGGUCGGUGCUGAAUGUCGUUGGAGGUUUAGCGGUGAUGCUGUGAUCUCCGCUGCUAUGCCCCUGCUCCUCUCCCUGGUCUGACGUCCCGCUCUGUCUCACCCCCCCGAGACCCCCGACGGUAUAUUCUGACCUUCAACCUCCUGAUUCCCUACACCCUUGUUCCCCCCCCCCCCCCCCCCCCCCCCCCCCCAGUGCCUGGUGUUGGCUUCACCCCCUCUCUGAUCUAUUUGGAAAGAGCGCUUUAAGUGAAGGAAGAAAAGAAGAAGAAAAAAAUACAUGUUUUAUUAUAAAAAUCUAUAAAAAAGGAUUAUAGAGAAAUAAAGAGAGGUGGAAGUCUUAUUGUAAAAUGCAGAUAUUAUGCAUUGUAUGAUUUUUAGAGGUGGAAUGUACAGGAAACCUGUUAAUAUUGUAUAUUUUGAGUUGAAAAUAUGGAAAUCUAACGGACAAAUCAAAGACACAUGAACUAGUUGUGAUGCAGACACAGUGAUGUGGUUUUCGACCAGCGGUGUUCAGAUCACUGUCUUACUGCGAGUAUUCAAAGCUGUUACAGAUAUUCUGUUGAGAAUGAUAACAACACGACUCUACUGUAGGUCAGGUUGCCUUGAGUAAAUGGCAACAUUUAGUUUCAUGCUGAAUGAGGAAGAUUUUGCACAUAAUUUGAGAUCUAGUUAUAUUUUACUGACCCAUUAUAGAAGACUCACUCACCCUGUAUAUUUAGGUUUUCCUGAUUUUUCUUUGAAGACUAGCUGAAAGGCAAAGGUAUAAUAACAUAGACAAAAAGAAAGAACUGUCUUUUAAAGAUCUCUGAACCUGGAAACGUGCUGAAUUCUACAACAUUUGGUUGCAUAAAACAAAAAUGUGUAUGUGCUGCAAAACCCACGUUGUUGCACAAGAUGGUAAAUAUAUCUGUUGUUGGAUAUCUACAAAGGGUCACUAAAGUGAUAAUAAUUAUGCCUGGAUUUCUUCAACAUGGACACUCUUACGUUGUUUGAAAAAAAGCAUUUUCACAUUACACUAUAGUAGCCUAUUAUUAUUUUCCUCAAAGCGUACCUCCCAGCUCUCAGAAUGAAUAGACACUUGAAAACAGAUUGUGGUUUUCCCCAUGAACAAAUAUGCGAUUACACCACAACGAGUGUUUUAUUUCCUUUUAUGCCAGAAAAGGUCAUGUUAUGUUUGAGGUGACGUCUGCAGAGGGCCGUUGCCGAUUUUAAAACCUUCUCUUAUGUUUACUGGAGCUCCCAGGUGUUUUGGAGGCAGCCGGGCAGAGUCUAGUUUUAGACCUCGGCCCUCUGAACUGGAUCAGUUGCACAAGUUGCACAAGUGAUUGUCCAGAUUAAAGUGUCUACUGUGAUCCCCGCAGUGUGGCAGAGGGACGGCUGCCAUUGGCUGAAAGUAGGCGGGAGGCGGGGCUACGUCUCUGUACAGUCUGUAUCAGUAUUCCCUUUAUCUCUCCUGUCAUUUGGUGGAUCUUGCCGUUUUAUUCUCCGUAGUCCAGAGACCUGUAUUAAACUGUAUUAAAUUGUAUAGAUUGUGCAAAAAGCUGAAUGUCGCAGAAGUGAAGAGCUAUUCCUUACAGAUGACAAAGUGAUUUAAAAUGUAUAAAAUAAAUUCAGAAGCAAAGAAGUUUAGGGGAUAAAUGUAAUAUUUUGUUUGUAAUUACUUCAUUUUUUUUUUGUUUGAAGAGGGCUACUGGAUAAAGAAUCAUCUGUAAUAAAGUAAUUUUAAUAUUUA